CAUUCCCGGUUUUUGCUCCCCUCUUCUAGAAGAUACCAGGAGUCAACAGCGCUUUGCACUCUCGGUGCGUUGCGCCAUACCCAUGGUCCCGUCUAGUUACUAGGUCGCACUGUUGUAGGAUUUCCAAAAGUUCGAAAGUUUGGGGCGGGCACAAGUCGGGGGAACGGGUGGAGCUGAGGACCCCAAUGCGGAUUGGGUGGACCGGUGGAGAAUAUGGGCAAAAAUUUGUGGAGACGGUGUCUCGAUAUCACACCGCAGAGAUCCGUCUGGUUUAUCUGGCGUUGUUCAUCAUGUCUCACUACCGGUCACCCCUUCACCAUCUUACAAAACAUCGCCCAUCUCGAAACGAAGCUUACCACCGUGAAAGACCGCCUCCAAAUCUCGGGGCCCAUCGUAAAUCAUGCCGGUUGAAGAGAAGAGUUCUGCCGCCGCGACUUCGAAGUUGCCCACUCUCAGGAGCGACUUACCUGACACCGACGUCGAGAUUCAGGUUGAAGAAACCAUCUUCAAAGUCCACAAACACUGGCUCAAGCUGAAUUGCAAAUACUUCGAGACGAUGUUCGCUGACCCCUGGGUCGAAAGUCGUGAUACGGUAGCGGCAACGAAGCGCAUUGAGUUGAAGGGGCACCCAGUGCACAAGGUCGGGUGUUUCCUCUCUGCCCUAUAUGAUACCUUCAAUCUGGAAUCGACUUGGACUAGCGAGGACGUGCUCUUGGUGUUACUGGAGAUGAGUACCUUCUUCGCCGCCGAAAUGAUGCAGGCCAGAGCUGCCUCAGAACUGGCCAAAUACCCCAUAACCUGGAACAAUGUGGAAAACAUUCUGAAGCAAGCCAUCGAGGGUGACCCGCGGAUGCGGCCUCUCCGAGAAAAGUGCCAUGCCUUCCUUAAGAAGGGCUUCGCGCACAUAUCCCAUACACACGCUCUACCUUGCGGAAACACAUCGACUCUCGAUCGCAUUUGAUCGCUUCCCAAUCACCAACGUACCCUAUAAAAGGGUUUUUGAAGAUCACUGCUUCAAGCGCCUCUCCGCGCCGAUGCAAACUCGGGUCUUGGAGGCCGCAUACCUGCACUAUGCAGAGUUGUAUGAUCGGGAGGUCAAGGUCUCGUUUACAGGGGUCAGAAGGCGGCACCUCGGUGCGCUGUAUGUGACCAAUCUUCCAACACUCCCUGAUCGUUCGCACAUGCCAAUUUUGUGGCGGAUGCAAGAGUUCAAUCAUAGUCCAAUUGAAGACCACACGUGUAAGGGAUACAAGGAAAAUGUCGGGAGUGCUUUAUAUACGUACAGUUAUCUUUGUCUCACGUCGUGCAGGGAUGCGAGCUGUGUGAGAAUUGGGUACGAUUAGCU